AAAGAGAGUUAUCAUUUUAUGUUAAAAUUUUCUUCAUAUCCUCAUUUUGUGCUUUCCAUUUCCAUGGCCUCAAAGAUAGAAGCUACUCUUGUAAGCACCCCCUCUGACGCUCCCACUAUAUUUGACCAGAUCAUUAACAAGGAAAUACCUUCUACUGUGGUAUAUGAGGAUGAUAAGGUUCUGGCCUUUAGGGAUAUAGCUCCACAAGCUCCUACCCAUAUUCUAAUCAUCCCUAAAGUUAGGGAUGGGUUAACUGGUCUAUCAAAGGCUGAGGAGAGGCACUGUGAGAUUCUUGGUCGCCUUCUGCACACCGCUAAGCUGGUUGCAAAGCAAGAGGGUCUUGAUGAUGGCUUUAGAAUCGUAAUUAAUGAUGGGCUAGAUGGGGGUCAAACAGUUUUUCACAUUCAUCUGCACCUCAUUGGGGGACGACAGAUGGGCUGGCCCCCAUUCUAGAAUACGAAAACAUUUAUAGUAUGAGCCAUGUAUAUCAUAUUAUGCCUCUGCUCAAACCUGAAGUACUGGUUUUAAAUGACUUAAGAGUCUUGUUGCACCAAGAAACCGUGUUAUGAGUUAGAUGAACUAUAUUAGUGAUGUUUAUGCUAAAAUUAUAUGGCAAAGAUGUUUAUGGUUUUUUAUUGUUGAUGAUGUUAUGCUUUAUUAUAAUUUAUGCACCAACAUAAGCAACAUCUUGUUUGUCAAUGGUCAGA